AUGGGCUCCUUCGCCAAGUUAAGAUAUCUCAAUCUCUCCUAUAGUGAGUUUGGUGGGAGGAUUUCUUAUCAGCUUGGAAAUCUCUCACAACUUCAAUAUCUUGAUCUUGGACGAAAUUAUUAUCUUUCUGGAGUAAUACCUUUGCUGCAGAUUGGGAAUCUCAGACAACUACGUUAUCUUGAUCUUGGAGGAAAUGCACUUUCUGGAGCUAUUCCUUGUCAAAUUGGGAAUCUCUCAGAACUUCAAUAUUUUGAUCUUGGAGGAAAUUCAUUUUCUGGAGCAAUCCCUUUUCAGAUUGGGAAUCUUCCUAUGUUGAAUACUCUUAGGCUCCAGGGAGAUUUUGAUGUCAAAACUAAGGAUGCAGAGUGGUUGUCUAAUCUCCAUUCCUUAACAAUUCUUCAGUUCAGUUCAUUACAUAAUCUUGGCUCUUCUCAUCACUUGCUUCAAACCAUCAGUAAGCUUAUUCCAAACUUAAGAGAGUUGAGGUUAGUUGAUUGUAGUCUUUCAGAUUAUGAUAUUCCAUAUCUGUUUCGUUUUCAUUCCAACUUUUCCACUUCUCUUACCAUCCUUGAUCUCUCUCGUAACAUGCUGACAUCAUCAACAUUUCAAUUGCUGUCAAACAUUAGCCUUAAUCUUAAGGAGCUUUAUCUUUCUCAUAAUAAUUUUGUUUCAUCAGCUCCUCUCUAUCCAAACUUCCCUUCUCUCGUGAUCCUUGACCCCUCUUAUAAUAAUCUGACAUCAUCAAUGCUUCAAGAUGAUUUCAACUUCAGCUCCAAACUUCAACGGCUUUCUCUAAGAAACUGUAGUCUUUUGGAUAGAAAUUUUCUUGUACCACCUGCCUUUAAUAUGAACUUUUCAUCUUCUCUUGUCUCCCUUGAUCUUUCUCACAACUUGCUGACAUCAUCAGCUGUAUUCCAUUGGCUUUUUAACUUCACCACCAAUCUUCAUACACUUUCCCUUUAUGGGAACUUGUUAGAAGGUCCCCUUCCAGAUGGAUUUGGGAAAGUGAUGAAAUCUCUUGAAAAUCUUAAUCUGUACUCUAACAAACUGCAAGGAGAGAUUCCAACUUUCUUUGGGAAUAUGUGCAGCUUACAGACAUUAGACCUCUUAAAUAACAACUUGAGUGGGGAUCUUUCCAGCUUCAUUCAGCAUUCUUCAUGGUGCAAUAGACACAUAUUGCAGAGCUUGGAUUUAUCUUAUAACCGAAUUACUGGCAUGAUCCCUAAAAGCAUCGGAUUACUUUCUGAGUUGGAAGAUCUGUACUUGGAGGGGAAUUCUUUGGAGGGUGACGUCACUGAAUCGCAUCUCUCUAAUUUGUCUAAGUUGACGAGCUUAGACUUAUCAUACAACUCACUGUCUCUAAAAUUUGAGUCUACCUGGGUUCCUCCUUUCCAGUUAAGAUACUUGGGACUAGCAUCUUGCAAGUUGGGUCCGAGUUUUCCUAGUUGGUUCCAAACUCAGAGUUCCUUAGCUUUGGAACAAUUCACAAUAUAUUGA